CAGCGUGUUUAUACUGAGCUGCCGUUCACAGUGUCUGAUCGGAGGACGACUGGUCUGUGAGAGAGAAUCUCGCUGUGUGAAGAUUGAAGUGUGACCAUGAGUGCGGGUUUGUGGAAGUCCGUGCUGGUGACAGGCUCCAGCAGAGGGCUAGGACUACAGCUGGUCACAGAGCUGGCUCGAAGCAGCAACAGACCCGGUAUCAUCAUAGCUACAGCCCGCGACCCGACUACUUCCACGGGUUUGCAAGAACUCUCCAAAACCUACCCAGGUGUUCAUAUUCUAAAAUUAGAUGUGGACAACCAGCAGAGUAUCAGCUCAGCCCUGGAGGAGGUCAAGUCCAUUGUGGGAAAUAAAGGACUCAACUGUCUCAUUAAUAACGCCGCAAUCGGAUCCUCUGUGGAUUUAAACAGUGUAACGCCAGAGGCUAUGAUGAAGACCUUCCAGACAAACAGUGUUUCACCUCUCUUUGUCUCAAAGACCUUCUUGCCUCUGCUACAGACUGCUGCAGCUCAGUCAAGUGGCAUGGGGAUCCACAGAGCAGCCGUGAUUAACAUCUCCUCUAUUCUUGGCUCUAUUGAAUCGAACUGGGGUGAAAGUGCAAACUUGAAGAGCUAUGCCUACCGAACUUCUAAGGCAGCACUAAACAUGGUGACAAGAUGUCUAGCCGUUGAUUUAGGAUCAGAUGGAAUCCUUUGUAUGUCUCUGCAUCCUGGCUGGGUCAAGACUGACAUGGGAGGGCCUCAUAGUUCAGAAUUGCAUGACUCCUCUGACGAAGAGUAUGUCCCAGACGCCCCAACAUCUUCCUCCAGAGGUCGGGCAUCUAAACGAAGCCGUCAGGUGGGCUAUGGAGGCCGUGGUCGGGGAGCGACGCGAGCACCCCGAGCCAAAAAACGUCCUGCAGUCUCUUGGCCUGACAAGCCGUGGGAUUGGCUGAUUUGACAGUCGAGGAGAGCGUUUCUGGAAUGCUGUCUGUCCUCUCCAGUCUCACAGAGGAUGAUCAUGGAGGAUUCAAGGACUACCGUGGACAGAAGCUACCAUGGUAAAAGAAAAAAAAUAAACAAGAAGCUUUCCUGGCACACAGUGCUCUAACUAUCAGGGAAUACUGCACUGUCCCUGGUCCUUCCUUAACUGUUAGUCUAUAUCAACAUGCUCUGUGCUAUGAUCAAAUAAAACAUUUUGACAUGGGUUUAAA